GUCAUCUACUGGGCCCGGCAUAUGCAGUCGUGCGCCAACGUCGCGUUCAGGUACAACAUCAGCUGGUCAGAGGACGACCCCGUCCUCACCGACUGCGGUGCCCACCAGGGCGCGGGCGAGCGCGAGCGGCUCGACGCGGACGUCGGCGAGCUGGACGGCGUGUUCUCCUCCUCGCUGCUGCGCGCCAUGCAGACCGCCCACGCCCUCUUCGGAGGGACCGUGGUGCCCUUGCCGUACAUCAGCGAGAUCCCGAACGGGGAAGACCGCUCGGACUACCCCACGGCCGACCUCCGGGAGCAGAGGGCGCGUCUCGAGGAGCUCGGGGUGCUGGCUGACUUCAAGUGGAUGGAGGCCAUCCCGGAGGCGGAGCGCAUGGAGCCCGGCAGGGGCCGUGUCCAGUGGGAGCCGCCCGCCGGUCUCGACCGCGCGGAGCGGAAG